GUUUACAUUUGGCGGGUCGCCGGGGCUUUCUUGAUCAAUACAAGCACCAGAACGUCAGACACACACGCCGACGACGACCAUCAUCCCCAGCAAACGCGUAUACUUGAGUCGAUCGCUGCCAUUCUCAACAAAACCAACAACUAUCAAUUCUCCUUUAUCCCGUCAUAGAACGACAGGCGAUGCGCAUUCGCGCCACUUGACGCACACCAAAAAGCACGACGACUUUCAAUGACGGCCGCCAUUGUCACGCGCAACCCUCUACACAAUCUUAGCAUGACCGGCGCACAAACAAACGGAAUCAAGAGAAAAAGUCUCCGCCAUCACAACGACCCGGAUGAAGAUGCGCCGCCCUCGAAAAAGCCAAAGGCUCCUGCCACAGCAAGCUCGAGAAACGCGUCGCAAAACGCGGUGAAGAAGGUCAAGAAGUCAUAUGACGAUAAGGAUGACGACUUUACUUUCACGCGCCUAGGCUCUAAGAAGGGUAAGGCAAAGACACCAGAUGUAGCACUGGAGCCAGAAGCAAUAGCUGGAGCUUCUGCGCCCGCUCCAGAAGUUCAACCUGUACAACAGCAACAAGCACCACCGAACGACGAGAACGCGCCGAUAGGAGCUACACAACCUCCGAGGAAGAAGGCCAGAAAGACGUUACCCACGACUCCUGAACCGACCCCGCGACGACGUUCCAAGCGCUUGUCUGGCAAUAGUCCGAUUCAAGGCCAAGCACCUACGAUAUCGAAACCAGCUGCCGAGUCGCAAUUACAGCACACGCAGCCUGCGACGCCGCCCCCGGCAACAGCGCCGGCAUCAGCGAAUGAGGAAAAUGUCGCGCCAGCAGCAGACAACAGUCCAGCCGUGGAUCAGGGCGAGCUGACGAUACACAAGAAACGUGGUCCAGCAAAGAUCCCACUACCUUUUGGAGAAACACCUGUUCUGCGUCGCAACAAGGAGAUGCGCAAAUUGAGUGCUGAGAAGUCAAGGCGAAGUUCUUCGGGAAUGAGAGGACGGAGAGCUUCAUCUUUGAUCGAAGCAGGCAGCUCACGUGCGGUACCACAUAGCCAGGUCGAAACGGACGAGUUCUACAAACACAUUUCGCAGGAUCUGGUCGAGCCGAAACGAAUGCGACAACUGCUCAUGUGGUGUGGCCAUCGCGCAUUGCCCGAGAAGAGCGUUGGUGGCCAGAUGGACGCGGCAGAGACGGCUGCAAUGCAUGCGGCGAGGGUGAUCCAGGAGGAGUUGCUCAAUGAAUUCAGCUCGCGGAACAAUCUGAGUUACUGGUAUGACAGAGAAGAUACAGCGCCAACUGUUCUGGUCAAGAAGCCAAAUCCGAGAAAUAUACAAAAUGCCGAGAAACUGCAGCAGCUAGAGGCAGAACUUGCACGACUACAAGAGGAGAAGCGAGCAUGGGACGAACUCUUGCCCUCGACAUCACCGCCGAAACUCCCAGCGUCGACCACAGAAGCCGAAGCACCAUCACAAACGCCCCUCGAUAUAUCACCACACUCCAUCGACCCUACCCUUCUCGACCCCUCACAAGCCGACCUCCUCCAAACCCUCCUCUCAGGCAUCUCCCUCAAUUCCUCAGAACCUACCUCCACCACACCCGCAACAACGCUAGAAGCCACAAAAACACGCAUCGGCACAAUAACCUCGACACUCGAAUUCAAAAUCGACAAGCUAGCAGACGGAGCGCAUAAACUCGAACAAUACAGAGCCUGUGCGCAAAAGCUCGCCGAUCAUGUAUUGAGUGUUGGAGCAGAAAAGCUGGAAGAGAGGGAUAAGAGUGUUAGGGAGAGGAGUCAGGGCGCUUCUGGACAGGUUGACGCGCUUGAGAGAUUGAGGGGUUUGAGUCGCGUGUUGGAUAAGCGCGGGUAGAUGGAUAGUUUACUUUAUGACUGUGGGUGGUUUUCUUCAUGGAUAGGGCAGAGCACGGCGAUUGUAGGAGUUGCCUUUUCCUUGUAACGAAUGGGUUCUUGGAAUGAUUGAGAAGAGCAUUGAUGAUUUUUGAGCCACUUUUUCUUGAAUUGAGC